GCAGUAGCCCCUCUACAUCCCCUGUCCAUUGGCCCGGCUGGCCUGCCUGAAUGCCUUGAGCACCGGCCUGCUGCUGCAGCGACUAUGUACCACAUAGUGAAGUUUGUGGAUACAGAGGAGGUGGAGGUGGUACCUGCAAACUGGGUCAAGGACGGAGUGUGUCUCUGGCCUCCCUACAAGACCCAGCGAAUCCUCAAGGCCUCGCGCUGCCAAGAACAGCCGUGUCCAAACUGGUUGCCUUUCAAAGUAAACCUUGUACACACUGCAGCUAGUUACAAUGAUGCGUACAGGAGGCUGUCCAUGGUGGAGGACCACACUGACCUCCAUGCAGAAGUUGAACCCGGGAGCUCCAAACGGAAACGGGAUAUGAUGAUGAAUGACUCUGAAGAGAACGAUCCGAUGCACGAAGGCAUGCCGUCCAACGCACAACCCACAGUCAUAUGCCAGCACUGUGGCUCCCCCAAUGACAUUCCUGCAAUGUCCGAGACGAACAGCAGGGGGAGUGAUCCAGUCUGCAGUAAGUACUCAUCACUUCUGCACAACCUACUGACGAACCAGGAGCUGAUCCUGGAGCAGUUGAACGUGAUCUCGCGGACCAUCGAGCCGCCACAAGGGGGCAGUAAGGAGGACGACACAGAGCUGGAGCCAGGCCUGCUGCCCCUCAAGGAGCUGGACACCCUGCUGGACCUGGAGGCCAGGCUGCUCUUCAGCUCCGACCUCAAACACAAACUGAUCAACACACUGGCGUUGCGAGGCGGCAUGACGGUGAAGGACUGCGUCUGGAGGAUGAUGAGCCACCUGCUCACCAACACACUCGCCCUCAAGAUCAACUGGAGGGGCAUCAACGGCAAAACAGCCUUCCACUCCCUUCAGUUAAAAGACGUCUUGACAAGAGCUGUCCGGCAGAACCGCAUGACGUCGGAGUCGUCGGACAUGGAAAUCGAGGCGGCCAUCAAGCGCUGGCUGCAGCUGGCAGCCGACAGGGAGGGCGGCAGGAAGGCGCGCCAAAUGCGGCAGAUCGACGGCUGGAUGCCCUCCACGCCCUCCACGCCUAACACGCCUUCCGCCGCCCCCACCGCCACCCCCGAGCCAGCAGCCAUGGACAGACAACAGCAGCAGCAGCAACAGCAGCAUACAACUGCAACAUCCUACAAUUAAUCUCCUACUCUCUGUUCUCACAAGAGCUGUUGGACAAAAUCAGUUUUCCUCCGAGCCUGUGGAUGUUGAAAAUCACGUGGCACUUCAGAAGUGGCCCAGUACAUCAUCCAAGAUGGGGGGGAGACGGCACAUGAGAUGAGAAAUAAAAAGUGGAUGCCAAACAAUCCUUAAAUGAAAACCUUUGAUGAAAUUGUUAUUUUUGUUAGUCGUUACGAUUUGUUUAUUUUGUUUUGGGUUUUUUUUUAGAUACAGAGAUGUUUGUUUAUCCGUUCUACAGUAGGCCUACUCAUGGGUUAUUUUUAGUUCCAUCAAGGUCAAAGACCUCUUCCCAAUCCUGAUUAAAGGAAUAGUCCACCAUGUUUGGAAAUAUGUUUAUUUUAAACAUCCACUCAAUUUAAAGGAUUGCGUGUUGGAAAAUAUUUCCAAAAAUUGUAGACUAUUCCUUUAAUGCUUCUGUGCGAGUGCCUGUAAUUGAUUCUUAUUGAAGUAUAGUAAUAAAAGCUCUGUAAUCUAA